AUGGAUGCACUUGAAAUUGAACGUCUAUGUUCUCAAUUAUACAGUGGUGGUAAUAAUAGCGAUCAAAUUCGUCAAGCUAGUCAGCGUUUAGAAACAUUCGUUACGCAACAAGAUUGUUUAAUACAAUGUCGUCUACUAUUAGAUCGUUCUCUAACACCAUAUACACAAUUUUUUGCUACGACAACAUUGAUUAAAUAUUUUAAUAAAUCAACAAAUCAGUCAUUGAUCAUUGUUAAUGAUCGUCUAGAGUUACGUUCCUAUAUUCUUGAAUAUUUGUAUAAACGUAAUACACAAUUGGCGCCAUAUGUUGUGAGUGAAAUAACAAAAUUGUAUGCACGAAUAACAAAGAGUUCUUGGUUUGAUACAAUAACACCAGACGAUUCAUCCUAUCCAUUUCAAUCAUUUACAAAUGAUUUAUUAAAAUUUCAACAAGAUCCACAACAUUUUGUCAUAUCCAUACAAAUAUUAAUCUCUUUAAUAAAUGAAAUUGGUACACCAAAUGAUGAAGAAACAACAGCAAGAGCAUUCAGUAAACAUCGUAAAAUAUGUACGUCAUUUCGAGAUACUAAAUUACUUGAUAUCUAUUUAUUUGCAUUGAAAUAUUUAAAAGAAGUUGUUGACAAACAAAUAAAUUCAUCAUCAUCAUCAUCAACAGUUUUCUUACAAAAAACACCUUCAACAUCAGCCACUCCUACUUCUCCAACCAUAUCAACAGCAACUUUAAUUGCAUAUCCAAAAACACUUACAACAAUUCAAUUACAACCUGAUUAUUAUCUUGUCGUUGAAAGAUUACUUUUAUUGGCUCAUCAAUGUCUAACAUAUGAUUUUCUUGGUACCGGUUCAUCUGUGAAUGAUGUUGACACAUCGGAUGAAUGUCAAACAUUGCAAUUACCAUUGAGUUGGCACGAUUAUAUUGUUGAUCCUUCGUAUUAUGAACUAUAUUUUUCUUAUUAUUUUUAUUUUUCUCAAACAACAUUAGUAUCAACUGCACUAGCGUGUCUCGUUCAAAUAUCAAGUGUACGACGUUCACUAUUAAACACAAAUGAAAGAUUAAAUGUCUUGAACUAUAUGACUCAUGGCAUACGUUCGAUUCUCGAACAACCAAUUGGUAUUAUAUCUAGUGAAAAACCAUUACAUGAAUUUUGCCGUUUGAUCUGUCGUCUAAAAUGUAAUGUUCAAUUAUACGAACUAAUAAAAAUUGAUUUGUAUCCACAAUUUAUUGAAUUAUUAACAAAAUUUACAAUUGAUCAUUUGUUGAAUAUUUACAAGAAAAUAUCGUCGAAUACACUCUAUUAUAUUCUGUCAUUUUGGUCUAAAAUUGUAUCCUAUCUAUCUCACAGUACAAAAUCAUCAAAUGAUUAUCAACAUCUACUUGACGUUUAUGUCCCAGAAAUUGUCUGUUAUUAUAUUCAAUCACGUUUAGAAGGUUUAUCUCGUUUAGACUCAAUAAAUGAUGAAUUGAUUGAUGAUGAUUUAAGUGAUUCAAAUGAAUUAUACGAUGAACUAUUUGAUAAUGAUCAAGCUCAAUUAAAUCAACAAUUAGAACAAAUUAGUACUAUGUCUCGUAUUGAUUACAAAAAAACGUGUACAUUAUUAUGUUCGAUAUUUGAUGAUUUAGCUCAACAAUAUCAGCUCAUUUUACAACAAUAUAUAUCACCACCUCCACAACAACAACAAAAUACCGUAAAACAAACAUUUUAUCAGAUUGAAAGACGUUUUACAUUUUUAAUUUAUGUUAUUUCGUGUGUUAUUGGUGCUCGAGGUAUCACUCUACCAUCUCUAUCGUUACAAAAUGAUGAACAAGAUUUAUUUGACGGUGAAUUAACGAUACGAGCAUUACAAUUAAUGACAUUUAUUCAACAGCAAACACCUUCUACAACAAAUUCGUCCGUAGCAUUUACAAAUGUAUUAAAUAGUAAUAAUAAAAAUGAACAAUUAUUCUUACCAACGGCAUCGUCAUCGUCUUCAUUACCCUAUUCUGAACGUUUAGAAUUAGCAAUACUCUAUUUUUUCGAACAAUUUCGUCGACAAUAUAUCAGUGAUCAUUCCAAACCAAAUAAAAUAUAUCAGAUACUAUUCAAACAUUUAGGUAUAGCUGACGAAGUGCAAUUACUAUCUAUAUUUGUCAAAAAAUUAUUUACAAAUUUACAAUAUAGUACGAUAACGGAAAAACUAAUUGAACGUACAUUAUUUUGUUUUAAUGAUUUAAGUCAAGGUUACAAUAGUGUAAGAAAACUUGUUAAAUUAGAACCGAUUCAAUAUUUCAUUAAUAAUCAUACUCAAGAUUAUUUUCCAUUUUUAAAUUUAUACGCUUAUUAUCAUUUGCAAGGGGGAGGAAAUAAGGCAAUGAAUGACAACAGUAACAAUAGUAAUCAAAUUUUAUUAGAUGAUUCAAAUAAUGGUGGUACAACAAGAAAUCUUAAAUCAUCAAAAUAUCUUGGUUGUCGGAUUAAAACAGCAGCUACUACAUCAUUAUCAUCAUCCUCGAAAUAUACAACAUGGUCACGUUUACGCACAAUAUUUUAUUCAGCUGUCGGACGAUUACUAAUGCAUGAAUUUCAUUUUCAUGAAGAAGAUGAUGAACGAUUUGAAAAAUUUAUGUUACCAUUUACAUUACAAUGUCAAAAACUGAUACAAAUAUUUAAAGAAUUUCCUGAUAUUGUCCAAACGACGGGAAAUAUACCACUAUUACCAACAACAUCACCAACAUUAAAUGCAUUCAGUUCACAUCAAUCACCUACACCAUCAUCACAUUUAAAGUCAUCAUUAGCUACUAUCGAUGAAAUAAAAGCGAUUAUAGUUGGUCUUGUUCGUGAUUUACGCGGUUUAUGUUUUGCAUUUAUAUCAAAACAAUCGUAUACAUUUUUAUUUGAUUGGCUCUAUCCAAAAUAUAUUCAUUUAUUUAUGAAAUCGAUCUAUUAUUUUUAUGACACAUACGAAGUUUAUAAUCCCAUAUUAAAAUUCUUUCAUGAAUUUGUUUCAAAUCGUCAGGAACGUUUAGUAUUCGAAUGUACAAAACCAAAUGCCUAUUUAUUAUUUCGUGAAACAUCUCAUCUAAUGUAUGUUUAUCAGACAAAAACAUUGAAUUAUUAUAAUCAAAUAUUACAAGAUACUGAUCAAUAUUUUUAUGAAAAAAAAUUAAAAUCAAUUAUGAUAUGUUUUAGAAUUAUACGCGCAUGUUUAUCAGGAAACUAUCUGAAUUUUGGUAUAUUUCAUUUAUAUUCUGAUUCAUGUUUUGAAAAUACUUUAAAUAUCUUUGUUAGCAUGUUAUUAACAUUAAAACAAGAUGAUCUAUUAUUAUAUCCAAAACUGACAUUAGCCUAUUAUUCAUUAGUGGAAACACUGGCCGUUAUAAACAUUGAAUAUUUAUCAAAUUUAAAUUCACAAUUAUUUGGUUAUAUUUUAAAUACAAUUAGUGAAGGACUUUUAUCAUUUGAACAAAGUAUACAAAAUUCAUGUUGUGUUUAUUUAGAUUUAUUUUUAACCCAUGUAUUUCGAUCUGUUUAUCAACAACAACGGAAACAACAACAAUCACAAACAUUGCCAUCAACAAUGGAUCAAGCAUACGUAACAAAUCAAUAUAAUCAAAUGGUAUUAAUUAAAAUAGAUCAAAAUCAAAAUAAUGAACGAUUUUUAGCAAAUAUAAAUGAAUAUGAGCAAUUAUUUCGUCAAAUUCUAAUUAAUAUCCUUAACAGUAUUAUCUAUGAUGAAUGCAAAAAUAUGUAUUCGAUAUCGAAACCACUAUUAGGUUUAAUUUUAUUGAACGAAAAUCAAUUUUUUAACGAUAUUAAAAAACAAUUAUUAUACGGUCAUCCAAUACAAAAACAGCAAGCAUUAUCAACAGCUUUAGAAAAAUUAAUGAAUGGUAUUGAUCGAACAUUGACAUCGAUUAAUAAAGAACAUUUUACACAAAAUAUAACAUUAUUUCGUAAAGAUAUUCAAGAUGCAUUAAAAUUAAAUGAAACAAAUUCAAAUGAUCAAAAUAAUAAUAAUUGUUUUUCGGGUAGUAGUGGUGAUCAAACAACAUUUACUAUGUUACCAAUUCAAUCAGGAAUAACGCAGACGAUACCAUCAUUAGUUCCAACAUCAUCAAUUGCCAAUGAAAUGAUGACCAUGUAA